UGUCAAAUGAUGUUUUUAUAAAUCCACUAUAAAAGGCAGCCUCUCAUACAAGCAAAACCUCAGAAACAGAGCGAGAGAGAAUGGCGAGCGCAGAUGUGGAGGCCGUCGACUUCGAGCCGGAGGACGAUGACCUCAUGGACGAGGAUGGCGCCGUCGACGUCGACAACUCCUCCCCGAGAGCUCCCCUCCCCAAGCUCAAGUCCGCUAUCACCGGUGGCGCCCCCUCUUCACUUGCCGCCGCCCCCAAGAAGACCAAGGGCCGCGGCUUCCGUGACGACACCGACGCCGACCGCAACUCCCGAUUUGCCGCCCGUGACUUCGACUCACUGGACUCCGACGGUGGUCCUGGUCCGCAGCGAUCCAUUGAAGGAUGGAUUAUUCUGGUCACUGGAGUACACGAAGAGGCACAAGAGGAUGAUCUGCAAAACGCGUUUGGUGAGUUUGGAGAGGUUAAGAAUUUGCAUUUAAAUCUUGAUCGUCGUACCGGGUUCGUAAAGGGGUACGCAUUGAUUGAAUAUGAGAACCUCGAGGAAGCACAGGCUGCAAUUUCUGCCAUGAAUGGGACUGAACUUCUCACACAGACAAUCAGUGUUGACUGGGCCUUCAGCAAUGGGCCCUUCAAAAGAAGGAAUAUGAGGAGAAGAUCACCAAGGGGCCAUCGAUCCAGGAGUCCCAGGAGGAGAUACUAAUGUUGAUGAGUUGUGUGUUCUAUUUUGAGGGUGUGGAUCUUCUGUAAGAGAUUUGAGAGUUGACAUUUGUUCUGAAAGAUUUCAGUUGAUGCUGGUGAUUAUUGUUGGAGUUUUAUGGAUUUCACUCUUUUUGUUGAGGAUCCCUUGCUUUUAUAUCCUUCCUGUCUACUGUACGAUGUAACUGAUGAUUUUUCCUAGUAAUUUAGCAGUAGGGGAUAUUUAACGUAA